UUUCUAUCAUUGCAUAUAUAACUGAAACUGAUUCCCUUACAAGAAGUCGCUUCUGUCGCUGAGACACGAACUUGGAUUUGAACGUUCGAAUUGAAGAAUUUAAAGUGAUUGGAUCCGAAGUUUACAGGGAGUAAUGGCGAAGAUCAAACCUCAAGCUCUGUUGCAGCAAAGCAAGAAGAAGAAGGGACCUGCUCGUAUAAGCGUCGCCAACAUCGUCAUCUCCAGCUUGGUCGUUCUCUUGAUCGUCUUCUUCCUCUUCUCCGCCUAUCGACGCUGGUCUCAGAGGCCUGAGAUUCCAGCAGCGCACAACGGUAGGUCAGUUCUUGAGGAAUCCAACAAGGAUGAUCUUCCUCGAUAUGCAACAUUGGAUACUGGUAAAGGCUCGGUGACUGUUGAAUUGUUCAGGGACGGGUCUCCCGAUGUCGUGGAUGAGUUCAUGAGAUUAUGUCAAGAUGGGUACUUCAAGGGAAUGUUGUUUCACCGUGUCAUAAAGCGUUACGUGAUUCAAGUAGGCGACUCGGGCGAGGAAGAUACCGCCAGUGAUUGGACUUCUCUAGGAGGAGGAAAGAAGAGUCAUCACAAUCUUGAUUCCAGUGUGAAGCACGAAGGCUUCUUGCUUGGGACCCCUAUAGUGAAAAACGAGCGAGGUGGAUUUGAGAUUUUCAUCACAACAGCGGCGAUUCCCGACAUGAAGGAGAAACUGAUUGUCUUUGGGCGAGUUGCCAAAGGCCAAGAUGUUAUUCAGGAAAUCGAGGAGGUCGAGACAGAUGAACACUAUCGGCCUAAGUCGCCAGUUGAGAUCAUGGACGUCACUUUGCAUCAGCAGAUAUAAAACACAAACCUCAUACGCUAUCUUUUCAUCUACUUUCUUCGUAUUUGUGGUAUCCUCUCCCUUUUUGUAGCCUCAAUUGUUCGUACCUGAGAUUUUUUUAGUUCAAACUUGCGAACUAAAUCGUGUUUUGUCCACGAACUUUGGUCGGAAUCCAAAAAACACAACGCGCUGUUGGGA